UUUUGUAUAUGAAGGAUCUUCAUUUGUGCGAGCAUUAUCUCUUGGAUCAGUUCAGAUGUGUGGUAUUGUGAAAACAUCUCCAAUGCCGUCACUGUCACCAUCUUUGAAAGAUGUCCCAACAGCUGUCAAUGAAAAGACAGGGAGAAGAGAGCAGUGUGUUGUUUCCAUGGCAGCUGGAUUACCCCACUUUGCUACAGGUGUGAUGAGGUGCUGGGGGAGGGAUACUUUCAUUGCAUUUCGUGGAUUGAUGUUAGUGACAGGAAGAUGUGAAGUUGCCAGGAAUUUGAUUCUGGCAUUUGCUGGAACCCUUCGCCAUGGUCUGAUUCCCAAUCUUGUUGGUGGAGGUGCACAUGCUAGAUUCAAUGCUAGAGAUGCUGUCUGGUUCUGGCUACAAGCCAUCCAAGAUUACUGUAAUAUGGUACCAGAAGGCACUGCUAUAUUAUCUAUGCCUGUAUCCAGGAUAUUCCCAGAUGAUGAUUCUGAACCACAACCAGCAGGAUUCUCAGAAAAACAGUUAGUAGAUAUAAUUCAAGAAGUGAUGCAGAAACACAUGCAGGGUAUCAACUUUAGAGAAAGACAUGCAGGAUUUGGACUAGAUAGAAACAUGUCAAAUGAAGGAUUUGAUGUCAAAAUUUGUGUUGACAAGGAAACUGGAUUUGUGUGUGGUGGCAGUGGCAGCAAUUGUGGAACAUGGAUGGAUAAAAUGGGUGAAUCAUGUACAGCAGGAACUAAAGGGAAACCAGCAACACCACGAGAUGGGUCUGCUGUGGAGCUAGUUGGUUUAUGCAAAUCUGCAUUGCGAUGGCUUGUUGAGCUGUAUGAGCGUGGGUUAUAUCCUUAUGACAGUGUAGCAAGAUAUGUCAAUGGUAAACCUGUCAAGCUGACUUACAAAGACUGGAAUGACUUGAUACAAGAUAAUUUUGAGAAGCAUUUCUGGAUUCCAAUUGACAUAAAUAAAGUUACCAAUAAACUGGUUAAUAAGAGUGGUAUUUACAAAGACUGUGUUGGGUCAUCUCAGUGCUGGGCUGACUACCAACUCAGACCAAAUUUUGCAAUUGCAAUGGUGCUGGUGAGUGGAUAA